AAUAUGGAAUUCAGCAGGAACCCCAUGAUUUCCUGACACAGACUAGCAAGCAGCAGAGUGCGCACGGAGAGAAAAAGAACUCGGGGGGUUUUUGUUUUUUUUUUUAGCUUUGUUUCAAACUAGGAUACAAAAAAAAAAAAACUGUCGAAAAAAAAACAAAGUUUAUCUUUUUUUUCAAACUCGGAUAAGAAAAACUGCAUCGAAAGAAAAACAAAGUUUAUCUUUCUUUCAAACUCGGAUAAGACAAACUGCAUCCAUCGAAAGAAAAAAAACGUUAAAGUGGAUGCAACAAUUUCCUCAGUCAAACUGGAGGCGUUUUUAAAGUUACUGCUAAAACACAUAUCGUGAAUAAUCAAUAUGAAAGUUUUCUGAGUGCCAGCCCGAAAGAGCGAAAACUCCCAAACGCUUCUAAUAUUUGCUGUCAAAAGUUUGAAGACGGUCAAGAAAAGGAAAAACGAAUCGAGUCUAAACACACACACUCUAAAGGACAAACGCCGUCUUGAGCGAAAUGAAGUUUACCCAAAGAAAAGCCGAACAUCAACGUUGGUGAGCAGUUUAGUCCAUGCUGUUCGUGCGAAAGAGCCUGAGGUCUAAGAAUGAAUAUAGAGGAAGAUGGCAGCAUCUGUAGCAUUGGGAGUAAUGUAAGAAAAAUGCUGAAGUGCGUGGUGGUCGGAGAUGGUGCGGUGGGCAAAACCUGUUUGCUGAUGAGCUAUGCCAAUGACGCGUUCCCAGAGGAAUACUUGCCAACAGUUUUCGAUCACUACGCAGUCAACGUGACGGUUUCAGGGAAGCACCACUUGCUUGGACUCUAUGACACUGCCGGACAGGAAGACUAUGAUCAAUUGCGACCACUCUCCUACCCCAACACCGAUGUGUUUCUCAUCUGCUUUUCUGUGGUCAAUCCUGCCUCCUAUCACAACGUCCAGGAGGAGUGGGUGGCAGAACUCAAGGCUUGCAUGCCACAUGUGCCUUACAUUCUCAUAGGAACGCAGAUUGAUCUGCGUGAUGACCCAAAGACUUUAGCUCGACUGCUUCAUAUGAAGGAGAAACCCAUGACGUACGAGCAAGGAAUUAAAUUGGCAAAAGAGAUCGGAGCCCAGUGCUAUCUGGAGUGUUCUGCUCUCACACAGAAAGGCCUUAAAGCUGUGUUUGAUGAAGCCAUCCUUACUAUUUUCAGCCCAAAGAAAAAGAAAAGACACUGUGUGCGUUGCCAUAGCUGCUGUGCCAUCGUGUGAGCUAACUGGAGAGGAACCAGUGCUGCAGCACCCACAGAGAGGAGCUGGUGGUGUUUUUCUUUUUAAAAGCUGCAAAGUCUGCCUUCUUUCUUUCUUAAUCAUUGGAAAGCUCCUGUACUAUACAAAACAGGAGCUAUGUCUCUAAUCAUGUCCAUUUCAGUAUUUCCUAGUACAGUUCUUUGCUUAGACACACUGGGCCUGUGGUUUUUAGGAAGCCAGCUACUACCUGGAAGACAUGGACCAGGGCUGUGAAGAGAAAAUUCCAGGUGUUUACUAGAAGAUGCACAGCACAGUACAGCCAGAGAAACGUUUGGUUCAUCAUUUAUGGUCUUAUUAUCUGUGUCUAUGACUGUAAGCAGACAUAAUAUAGAUUUCUGCAUCAGAUACAGCUUUGAAAAGACUUUUUAAAAUUGUAUUAUUAUUUUUAUUAUUAUUAUUAUUAUUAUUAUUAUUAUUAUUAUUAUUAUUAUUAUUAUUAUACAGAAUGACCACUGCCCUUUUAAAAAGCUGGGGUUACAAACACAUUACAGCACUGGCAUUUUUUUUUUCCUCUUUCCAGAAAAUGUAUCUUUCAUAUUAAUGUAUGACUUUAAAUUCUUCUUCUUCAUCAUCUUCAUUAUAGGGCUAGCUGAUUCAGGCUGUGAACUGUAUCUGAGCAGCAUAUGAGUUUCUGACAGCAUUAGAAUGUCUGUUUAUGAGCCAUGCAUACACAUAGGAAACCAGGGUUUCGUGAGGAUAGUUGACUAAUGUGGUGUUCAUGUAUUUGAAAUCCUGAACAGGGCCUUACUCUGUGAUAUAUGUCAGGUUUUUAAAUUAACUAUUUAAAAAUGAACACCCUACGGUAUGUAGAUCUUUAAUAAAUGUAAUUUGCGUGUAUGCAAUACAGUACUUUGUGUGGUUCAUUAACUGGACUUGCACACUCAGCUCCUGUAUAUAAGAUUUAGUUAUAGUGUGGAUCCUAAAGGAAAUGUGACGUAACUGUAUUACUGAAACACCACAGUGGCAAAUGACAUCUCAGAAUGGACAAAUUUCCACUGAUGCAUUAUUACUUCCUAAGAUAAAAGGCAAAAAUAAAUAGUUCCACUACAGCACCACUUUAGUGCCUUUCAAUAAUCUGUUUCUUGAGUGCCACCAUGACAGCUAGUUACAGCACUUGAGACUUUCACUGAUAGCUCUUACUUGGACAGAGAGUGACACUCUUUAUGUGUGAAGAAUGUGCUGAAAUGGUUAGUUUUCAUUUUAUUUCCUGUGCAUCUGAUUUCAGUGCACCAUUUCUUGUUCAAGUGGAUUUUUGUCCUGAGUCGGUUGAAUUAGGGCUCUCAUAUGCUAUAGCGUCAUUUGUCCACUAGUGAACAGUAGUGAGUGACACCUGAGAUCAGCCUGUGACAGAUGAACACUAAAUGUCUCAUCACAGUUGGUCCUGAGAAACAAGCUAUCUUGCUUCUUUGCUCUUAGUCUGUGUGCAAAAUCUAUAUAUUUUUUCCAGUUUUAAGUGCCUUAUUAUAGCUUUUAACAAACAUUUCAAAAUUGUGCUUUUGAGUUAAUAUGUAUUUGAUUGUUGCAUUGUUUCAAUUGCUACUAGUCAAUGUUUUAAUUAGUUUUUUUUUUUUUUUUUUUUUUUUUAAAUGUAUGCAUCAGAUUAGAUUAAGCAACCAUAAUUUGUGGUAUUUUGCAUUGUAUGAAUAUUGUUAUCUUUACUGUGAGCAAAGAGCCCAAUUUACAUGUGAC